AUGUCCGUCCUCGAGAAACUCCCCUGUUCCUUGCCGAACACGCCCGUGCCAGAGGACAUCGAUGUGUCGGGCGUUGCAAAGGGGUUUGAGCGGAUCUUGCAAGAUCUGAAUUCGUCCAACCUGACCACAAAUGCCAUCUGGAGAGAUGUCUUCGCCUUGACAGGUUCCACCCGAACGUUCUAUUUGGCGGACACAGUCUCGGAAAAAUGGACCUCGUUGACAAGACUGUUGGAAUGUGGUGCUUUCGAAUACAAACAAGGCUCGGCGAAGACUAUGCGAAUGGGGGAUGAAUCAGCCUGGGUUGAAGCCCGAUACACUUUUGAGGUGAUAGCCAAACCUGCAAGGACUUGCACUGCAAUGCUAUCUCUGGUCCUAGAAGCCGGCGAGUGGAAGAUCUGGGUCAUUCGCACGAUUCUUGAUCAGCUGAGAGGCCAUCCGAAUGUCGACCGUCUAAACCCAGACCCAACAUCCAUUGCAGCAGGUCAGUCAGCAGCUGGCAGCACGAGCGAAGCCAACAAUUUCGAAUGCGCCAUUAUCGGAGCAGGCCAGGCAGGCCUCAGUGUCGCGGGAAGACUGAAAGCCCUCGGGGUUUCGUACGUUGUUUUGGAGAAGAACCAAGCGGUCGGUGAUAACUGGCGGCUACGAUACGAGUCAACGAAGCCACACCUACCUUUCGAUCGGACGUUUCCGGAUCACUACCCAGUCUUCCUAACCAAAUAUGACCUCGCCAAGGGCUACAGUGACUGGGCUGGAAAGUUUGGCAUUAAUGUUUGGCUUGGGACAACCCUCCAGUCCGGGCAAUGGCACGCCGACCAGAAAGUGUGGGACUUGAGGCUAUUACGAAAUGGAAAAGAGACAGCUGUCAAAGCUACACAUGUCGUAAUGGCGGUGGGCGCAGGGGGUCAGAUCCCCGUGAUGCCCACAUAUCCCGGAGCUGACAAAUUCCGCGGCGUUAUAUUGCACUCGGGCGAGUACGACUCCGCCGGGGCAUGGAAAGGGAAGAACGGCAUUGUGGUCGGCACGGCUAAUACAGCGCACGACGUUGCCGACGAUAUGCUAGAGGCCGGCCUGAGUUCCGUAACGAUGGUCCAGCGGUCGCCGACUUAUGUACUUCCAUGUGAAUACUUCCUGAAGAUAACCGAAGAUACCUACAACACCACUUCCGACACCGACAAUUCCGAUAUGAUGAGCUUGACGGGUCCACUGGCUGUAGCUCGGCUCAUGAGCAACAUUGCGCUGAAUGGAAUGGCACGUGCCGAGCCAGAUCGGUUCGACGCACUGGAAAAGGCCGGUUUCAGGGUCAUCCGCUACGGGGAUAUCAUAUACCAACUCUUUGAGCGAUUCGGAGGCCACUAUAUGGACGUCGGGGCAUCAGCAAAGAUUGCCAAGGGAUUGAUCAAGAUCAAAUCGGAUGCUCUACCCACUUCCUACACCGAGGACGGCCUGCUCUUCGAUGACGGGACGGAGCUCAAGGCCGAUGCGAUCGUCCAUGCGACCGGAUUCGUUGGCAACUUGAGGGACGUCGUCCGUGACAUUUUUGGCGACGAGGUCUCUGCCCGCGUGGAGGACUUUUGGGGCCUCGAUUCGGAGGGGGAAAUCAAAGGCGCUUUCAAGGCCUCAGGACAACCGCAGCUUUGGUUCCACGGCGGGCCAUGUGGCCAUGCGCGCUACUUCUCUCGUUUCGUGGCAUUACAGAUCCGUGCUGAACUGGAUGGUGUUCCUUUGCUAGGCAGAAAUUAA